UCGCACCACCUGGUUAUAUCUCAACCAAACCUCCUCUAGCUAUUUCUCUCUCUCUCUCUCUCUUAGAGCAAACAUGCCUCCAAUCUUGCCGGACUUUUCCAACUCCGUCAAGCUAAAGUAUGUGAAGCUUGGGUACCAAUAUCUCGUGAACCACAUUCUCACACUCACGCUAAUACCGAUCAUGGCUGGGAUCUUCAUAGAGGUUCUCAGGAUGGGCCCUGGCGAAAUAUUGAACCUUUGGAGGUCCCUCCAAGUCGACCUCGUGCAAAUCCUGUGCUCCUCUUUCCUCAUCAUCUUUAUCACCACCGUUUACUUCAUGUCGAAGCCACGGACCAUCUUCCUCGUGGACUACGCCUGCUUCAAGCCCCCGGUCACAUGCCGGGUGCCCUUUGCAACCUUCAUGGAACACUCGAGGCUCAACCUGAAGGACAACCCAAAGAGCGUUGAGUUCCAGAUGAGAAUCCUCGAGCGCUCUGGUCUUGGGGAGGAGACAUGUUUGCCUCCUGCGAUCCAUUACAUCCCACCCAAACCAACCAUGGAAGCGGCGAGAGGCGAGGCCGAGCUCGUUAUUUUCUCGGCCAUGGAUUCUUUGUUCAAGAAGACGGGGCUUAAGCCUAAAGACAUCGAUAUUUUUAUCUUGAAUUGCAGCCUUUUCUCGCCAACCCCUUCGUUAUCGGCCAUGGUGAUCAACAAGUACAAGCUGAGAAGCAACAUAAGGAGCUUUAACCUCUCUGGGAUGGGCUGCAGUGCCGGACUUAUCUCCAUCGACUUGGCGCGUGAUCUUCUUCAAGUUCAUCCCAAUUCAAAUGCUGUGGUUGUGAGCACAGAGAUCAUUACGCCAAACUAUUACCAAGGAAAUGAGAGAGCUAUGCUUCUUCCUAAUUGUCUCUUCCGAAUGGGUGGAGCUGCUAUUCUUCUAUCGAACCGAAGAUCAGAGCGAAGGCGAGCCAAAUACCGGUUAGUACACGUGGUGAGAACCCACAAAGGAGCUGACGACAAAGCCUACCGCUGUGUUUACGAAGAAGAAGACAGAGAGGGCAAAGUAGGGAUUUCUCUGUCAAAAGAUCUCAUGGCCAUAGCAGGGGAGGCCUUGAAAUCAAACAUCACAACCAUUGGGCCUCUUGUUCUUCCUGCUUCAGAGCAACUCCUUUUCCUUCUCACCCUCAUUGGCCGAAAAGUCUUUAGCAAGAAGUGGAAGCCUUAUAUCCCUGACUUCAAGCAAGCUUUCGAGCACUUCUGUAUCCACGCCGGCGGCCGUGCGGUCAUUGACGAACUGCAGAAGAACCUGCAGCUCUCGGCGGAGCACGUGGAGGCUUCGAGGAUGACGCUGCACCGGUUCGGGAACACGUCGUCUUCGUCGCUGUGGUACGAGCUGGGGUAUAUAGAGGCAAAGGGGAGGAUGAAGAAGGGGAAUAGGGUUUGGCAGAUAGCGUUUGGGAGUGGUUUCAAGUGUAACAGUGCAGUGUGGAAGUGCAACCGAAGCAUAAAGGCACCAACCGAUGGGCCGUGGGCUGAUUGCAUUGAUCGAUACCCUGUUCAUAUUCCUGAGAUUGUGAAGCUCUAGGCUAGUCUGCUGGUCUUUGAUAUGCGUUGCUUCAAAAACCAGGCUGCUGGAUAUGCAUUUGCUUCUUAAUUUCAUGUAUCUCGUCACGACGUCACUACUCUGAUCAUUUCUUGCCUUUAAUUUAGAUGGGGUACUCGAAAUUAGUCAUCCAUGUAACCAUAAUACAUAAAAAAAAAUUAAAAAAGAAAAAAAAAAAAAAGUAGUCAUGCAUACAAGAGUUUUUAAUUAGUUCUUGAAAUAAUUAAGCAAGCAUAGGUUGAUGGGAAAUGCAGCAAGUGACAAAAUUGUUACUGGAUUCGCUACAAUAUUUUAUCAAAGUGUAAAAGAUUUCAGCUGUGUCGAAAUUAAAAUAAAGCCCCUUUUGUCGUUUUUGACUGCA